AUGGAACAUGCUUUAUGUUGUGAAACAACGAUGGACAAAUUAGCUUAUUCCAUGAUGUUCUGGACUAUAUUUUUUAUGAUUCUGUAUGGUGAUAUCAGUAGCCAAUCUUUAUACGAAAACAACCGAGAAACUCGAUUUGUGUGUCUUAAUAUGAGUUUUCAUUAUCUAGAACAAGUGGUUUCCCUUGAAAACCAAGUAAACAGUUGGAAAAAGCAGCUAGACUUGUGUAGAGAGACAUUGCCAUCCGACUGCAAAGAACUAUAUAUGAAUGGCGUAGGAAAAUCCGGUGUUUACACUAUCUAUCCGUGGGAGAAGACUGACCCUAAUUACCGUCCUAUCCAGGUCUACUGUGAUAUGGAGACAGAAGGAGGCGGGUGGACGGCAAUACAAAGACGAAUCAAUGGAGAAGAAAACUUCAAUCGAAAUUGGACUGAGUACAAACUUGGAUUUGGAACACCUUAUGGUGACUAUUGGAUCGGAAACGAUGCCAUACAUCAGUUAGGUACUGGACGAAAUUCGUCUUUGCGCAUCACAAUUACUCCAAUGAGCGGUGGUUUUGUUUCUUUCAAGAUGUAUCAUCAGUUCUACGUUUUUGGCGAGGACCAGAACCAUAGACUUCAACUUGCAAACCCCGGAAAUGGAAAUUUAGAUGAUCGUCUGGUAAAGAGUUUUGGUUCUGACGCGGCUACAGGAAUGCAAUUUAGUACAUUCGAAGACGACAAUGACAAGUUUGGUGGUAACUGUGCAGCAGCUCACUUAGGAGGCUGGUGGUUUAAUGGUUGUCAUAAUGCCUAUCUCAAUGGUCCUUGGCAAUCGGAUGACUGGGUUAAUCCUUGGUAUUCAGAAUAUACAAGCGGGAGACAAGUGAAUGGGACAUCUAUGUUGAUCAAAUCAUACUGUAACACAUGA